AUGACCUUUGAUUUUUUGGAUUCAGGUGUUGAGACAAUAAACCACUAUGGUGUAAGAAAUGAGAAUUUCAGAAGUUCCGGAAUUUUGAAAUUAGAUUUCUUCGGGAAUAAUAAGGACGAAGAGGAAUUUCUUGAACAAAUUUAUCAAGAAACUUUUAGUUAUGCAAAUGUUGAUAAUCCUUGUAAAUUUGUAACAGAAUACAAUAGUGGAGAAAUACGAAAGAUGAUGAAUAGAGGUACUACGACUUUAGGAUUUAUUUAUCAAGGAGGAGUAAUACUAGCAGUUGAUAGUAGAGCAUCACAAGGAAGUUAUAUUGCUAGCCAGGAGGUCAAGAAAAUCAUUCAGAUAAACGAUUUCUUAUUGGGGACCAUGGCAGGAGGUGCAGCAGACUGUUCAUACUGGGAAAGAGUACUCUCAAAAUUAUGUAGACUUUAUGAGCUAAGAAAUGGUGAAAGAAUCAGUGUAGCGGGAGCUUCAAAAAUGAUCACAAAUAUAUUCUUUCAUUAUAGAGCCUAUGAUCUUUCUGCUGGAAUUAUGAUAGCAGGAUUUGAUAAAGAUGGACCUCAACUUUAUUACGUAGAUGAUAAAGGAUCCAGAGUUAAAGAUUGUAAAUUCUCCGUUGGAUCUGGUUCUCUAUACGCUUAUGGUGUUCUGGAUAGUGGAUAUAGAUUUGAUUUGACUGAUGAGGAAGCUAUUGAUCUUGGAAAGAGAGCUAUUGUUAUUGCAACAAAUAGGGAUGGUGGUUCAGGAGGCCUUGUUAGAGUUUAUCAGGUAAGCAAGGAUGGCAUUAUUAAACAUAUACCUGGAGAAGACGUUUCUGAACUUCAUUAUGAAUAUUCAAAAAAGCAAGGUACUGAUCCAACCAAAAUGUAA